GGACGGGCGCAUGGCGGGGUCCGGCGGCGCGGCGGGGCCGGCGGCGGCCCGGGAGCUGCUGGACGUGCGACCCCGGCCAGGGCUGGAAGACAUUUUGCUGAUUAAUUCAAAAUGUAGCAGCAAGAAGGCCACAACUUUACAGACGGUUAAGGUGCCAAGGAGCAAUGUUUUGGACCGAGUACAGAGCUUUUUACCACAGAUGGCCCAGGCAAAUGAUGAGCUCAAAAGAAAAAUGGUAACAGCACCUGCUCAUCAGUUUGAUAUUGAACAUCUAGACAAUGAAACAGAAAAAGUUAUAGAAAUGAAUGUGGCUGUAGUUGAACUGAAUGAUUCUGAUACAGAUGAAGAGUUGCUGACUUCAGAAGAUGACUCGGAAUCUGAUGAAGAUGAUUCUGUAACUGAUGAAGUGACAGUAGACAACAUUAAGUUUCCUAAACAAAAAGGAGAAAAGGGCAAAAUAGAAAUUUUGGACAGCAAAGCAAAUGAGUAAAUCCAUUUUAUUUUACUUUAAAAAACCCCAAACCAACCAAAUAAUGUUUUCUCACUUUGAAGAGUUGUCCCUUAAAACCACUUAGUUUACAUGGUGGAGAAUUCCGGAUCCACUCAUGGCUGGGGAAGGCUGGAUUUCUGAAGAAUUAAGUUUGAUUUGAUUAAUCAAAUAACAGGAAAGUGGACUUCAGAGUAGUUUACACCAAGAAAACAGCUAGAGUAAGGGGCAUUUGAAAGUUAAACAUUCUUGUUCUGUUGCUUUGUUGAAGACUUUUUUAUAGGAAGGUAGAAGUUUUUCCUUCAAGGGCAAGAAAGUGUUAACUAGGAAAAAAGCUUUGUUUUCAUAUUUCAUGUCCUGUGAAGUGUUAUGUACGCUCUCUUCACUAUUAAACAUGAUCUUUCAGUACCCCAGAGGUAUGUCUACAUUGCAUUCAUGCUGGACACCAGAGAUGUGGCUGAGCUCACUUCUAGCUGAGCCAGCCUGGGUAAGGACAGCCAUGAGCAGAGGUCAGCAAAGGGUUACAGUACUUACCCUGUGUGCCUGCACUGGGCUCCACAGCAGCAUGGGGAGCUUACAGGCCCCUGUGGGAAACCUUUGUGGCUGUGGUGCAAACACCCUCCAUACGCAAAGGAUCAAGGCUGCCUCUGGGGCUUUAAGCUACACUUUUCAUCCCCCAGGUUCCCUGCCACGUUUCCAAUUUCCAUUUUGUUAACUGUCACUGACAGAAGGAUGAAAAGGUGACUUUUCAGCUGGCCUGUACUUAAGUUGGCUUGACACAGUUGUGAAACCAGAAUCAGUGAAAGUGUGUCCCAUUUAUACUUACCUCAGAUCAAUCAAGUACAAUGGUUUGGGCUAUUCCAUUUACUUCAUAGAUCAGUUUGCAUUUCAGAAGUAUCUGUCAUGCUCUUGGAUGUCAUUGUUUCUUAAAGGAACUUUGUAUUUUCUACACCAUUAAAGUAAAAUUUUCUAUACUGUAUUUGCUCAAAUAUUAAACUUAAUGUCAUGGCUUGAAA